GUUUACGUCUGUCCGCGCUCCGCCGCUGACCCUUUGCAGACCGCGGUCAAAUCAGUUCGCCUCUCUGCGCUUGGGUUUCAUAGUCUCGUUCCCUGCCGUGCUCCGAGCCCCUUCUAAGUGCCAGACCCUCUGAUGCACGCGGAGAGCAGCCCUGUCAGAUCCGCCCUCCCACGCCUAACCCCCAGGGGCGCUCCUUGUCGCUCAGAAACAGACCGUCUUCAGGCCUUUCUCACUCAGUGCUCUAGCCCCAUGGGCCUCCUUGCAGUCCCUCUUACCCGCCCUUCCUCCCCCCAGAGACCGUGCAUUAUAGGGAUGCUUUCCCCAGAAAUCCACAUGGCUCCUUAAAGUCUUUGUUUCUUUUCUGAAAAUAGCUCCUCAAACCAUUCUGCUUUGAAUUGUACCUCACUAAAGAAGUCCUUCCGCCCCCCCCCCUUCAUUUCUGUUCUUAUCACUCUCUAAGAUACUAAAUGUCUUGAACAUGUGCUGAGGAGGGCAGGGCUUUGUUUCAUUCACUGCUGUACUCCUGGUACCUGGAAUGACGUCCCAGGCACAGUACUCAGUGUUUGUGGAAUGGAUGUGUGAGCACCUCCCCAACCAGAAGAAUUUGUGCUGAUUCAGACAGACAGACCAGUAUGAUAAAGAUUUACAAAAGGAGAAGGGGGUGGGAAGCUACCUGUUUGGGCCCUGAGGAGGCCUGGGGGAUAGGAGGGUAGGGAACUGUCACACAGUGUCUGGGAAGAGGAGGCAUGGAGGAUAGAGGAGUCUCUGGGUGCCUCCUAAUGUGUCCCCCUCACCCCCCUCUAAUCACCUGCCGUCUCCUCUUGGUGGAAGUGGGGCGUCCCUUCUGUCAGUUUGAGCUCCAGGUGAGACACCCUUUUCCAGUAACUGCCCCUGGUCUAUUGUGAUGAGGCUGUUGUGAUGUGGAGACCCCUGGUCUCCUGGGAACCCCUGAACUCCAGCCCAGUGGGUUGCCCAGUCUCCAAGCCAAGGGUCAAAGCAGACGUGCCCUGUGCCCCACCCCCAGAGUCAUGCCAGCGUGGGUGGUGGGGGAUUCCCUGGAAUGGAUGACCUGGACCCUGUAGCCAUCUGUGUCCAGUUUGAGGAUUGGGGCCCUGAAACAGACAGUGGCCAAGAUGAUCAGGCAGUUUGCAGAUCUCCAGGGGAGCCCACCUGCACGACCACCAUGGCCUCUGAAGACAUUGCCAAGCUGGCAGAGACGCUGGCCAAAACCCAGGUGGCCGGGGGACAGCUGAGUUUCAAGGGCAAGAGCCUCAAGCUCAACACUGCGGAAGAUGCCAAAGACGUGAUUAAAGAGAUUGAAGACUUCGAGGGCUUAGAGGCUCUGCGCUUGGAGGGCAACACGGUGGGUGUGGAGGCCGCCAGGGUCAUCGCCAAGGCCCUGGAGAAGAAGUCGGAGCUGAAGCGAUGCCACUGGAGCGACAUGUUCACAGGGAGACUGCGGUCCGAGAUCCCGCCAGCCCUGAUCUCACUCGGGGAGGGACUCAUCACAGCCGGGGCCCAGCUGGUGGAGCUGGACCUCAGUGACAAUGCGUUUGGGCCUGAUGGCGUGCGAGGCUUCGAGGCCCUGCUCAAGAGCUCUGCCUGCUUCACCCUGCACGAACUCAAGCUCAACAACUGUGGCAUGGGCAUUGGUGGAGGCAAGAUCCUGGCCGCCGCUCUGACUGAAUGUCACCGGAAGUCCAGCGCCCAAGGCAAGCCACUGGCCCUGAAGGUCUUUGUGGCUGGCAGAAACCGUCUGGAGAAUGAUGGAGCCACUGCCUUGGCGGAAGCUUUUGGGAUCAUCGGGACGCUGGAGGAGGUCCACAUGCCCCAGAACGGGAUCAACCAUCCCGGCGUCACUGCCCUGGCACAGGCGUUCGCCAUCAACCCCCUGCUGCGGGUUGUCAACCUGAACGACAACACCUUCACAGAGAAGGGUGCCGUGGCCAUGGCCAAGACCCUGAAGAUUCUGCGGCAGGUAGAGGUGAUCAACUUCGGGGACUGCCUGGUGCGCUCCAAGGGUGCCGUGGCCAUCGCAGAAGCCGUCCGCGGGGGCCUGCCCAAGCUGAAGGAGCUGAAUCUGUCAUUCUGUGAAAUCAAGAAAGACGCUGCCCUGGCUGUGGCCGAAGCCGUGGCCGACAAGGCCGAGUUGGAGAAGCUGGACCUCAACGGCAACACCCUGGGGGAGGAAGGCUGUGAGCAGCUGCAGGAGGUGCUGGAAGGCUUCAACAUGGCCGAGGUGCUGGCAUCCCUCAGUGAUGACGAGGGGGAGGACGACGAGGAGGAGGAGGAGGAGGAGGAGGAGGAGGAGGGGGAGGAAGAGGAGGACGAGGACGAGGAGGACGAGGAGGACGAGGACGAGGAGGAGGAGCCACGGCAGCAAGGGCAGGGGGGUGCGUCGGGCGCACCGGCCAGGAAGAUCCUGGACCCUAACAGCGGGGAACCGGCUCCAGUGCUGUCUCCCCCGCCUCCCGUGGAUGUGGCCACCUUCCUGGCCUUCCCCUCCCCGGAGAAGCUGCUGCGCCUCGGGCCCAAGAGCGCGGUGCUGAUCGCCCAGCAGACCGACACGUCGGACCCGGAAAAGGUGGUCUCGGCCUUCCUGAAGGUGUCCUGUGCAUAUAAGGACGAGGCCUCCGUGCGGACAGCAGUGCAGGAUGCCGUAGACGCUCUGAUGAAGAAGGCCUUCAGCUCGUCCUCCUUCAACUCCAACGCCUUCCUCACCAGACUCCUGGUCCACAUGGGUCUGCUCAAGAGUGAAGACAAGAUCAAGGCCAUCGCCAACCUCUACGGCCCCCUGAUGGCCCUGAACCACAUGGUGCAGCAGGACUACUUCCCCAAGGCCCUGGCCCCCCUGCUGCUGGCCUUCGUGACCAAGCCCAACGGCGCCCUGGAGUCCUGCUCCUUCGCCCGCCACAACCUGCUGCAGACGCUGCACAAGGUCUAGGUGCCCGCGGCCGCUCCCCGCUCUGGGCCUGGACUUGGGGAGAGACUUGGGUGAAGGACUCUGGCGGGGCAGGGAGGAGCUUUGUCGAGUGGCCGCCCCCGUCUGGGUCAGAGUGGGGGUGCAGGUGUGUGCUUGCUGCUGGGUUUGGGUGUUUCCUGUCUCCCUGCGGGCUCGGGCUGGGAGGGGAGUGCGCGGCAGGCGCAGGGCUCCCAGCUGCUGUGCCAUUAAACUCCCCCUCUGAGGGCGCUGCUGGUGUGCCUCGGGCUCGGACCCCGGGGGCUGCCCCGCCCCACCUUGCCUUCCGCACCCGCGGCUGCACCCACGCCGGGGAGUCGCUGUGUGCGCUGUUCCUCCCCGUGCUGUGGCCAGGCCGUUUCCGGCCCUGCCGGGGCCUCGCUUCCUGCCCCCGCCGUCCCCAACCUCUCCCUGCUGAGCCCCUCUUGGCCCAAGGCAGAGACAAACACCGGGUGGCGCGUGGGUGGUCAGCCAGGGCCAGGACCCCAGCGCCCACGCCGUGUGGACGGGGAGAGAAGCUAGCGGACGGAGAGCAGAGGGCCUUGGGGCAGGAGCUGCCUGGGCCGCGUUGGAUCUGGGCCCAGCGGGCCCUCCCGUGGCUCCUGAGGCGUCAGACUGGCCUCUCUCCGGUGGGGCAGGGCAGGCCCACCAGAGCCUGUGCUGCAUCUCGGACUCGCUGACCGCGCCUGGGGCAGGGCGGUGGGGCUGGCCUGGGCCAGAUGCCCUGCGACCUCCCUUCGCAGCCCCAGGCCCUCGCUCCCCCUGUGUUCUGUGUGUCUGGGCUGUGCCCAGGGCUUCACAAAUAAAGUGUGGACACUGCGAAACCUGCCACCGAGUGGGCUCCUCAGUCUGCAAGGGGCCGUCUCUGGCAGAAGAGCCCCUGUGCCAACCUCCUCUCAUGCCCUGGCACGCCUCCCACCAGCUCCCUCCAGCAGUGCAGUCCGUGGAGGGCGGGCA